UCAGCAGAAGUGUACUGUCCAUAAAAUUAUAAGUAUAAAUUACAGCAUAUAUGGUUUUUAAUUCUAAAAAGGUCACUUUUUGUCAUGUUAUUUAAUAAAAUGUAUUUUAGAUUGAGUUUUUCAUUAAUGUCCUGACUGAAUCUCUUGUUUUGAAAUUUACAAAUACACCGGAUGUUGCAAUCCUUUCUCAACAGCAGUCUGGUCAAUCCAUGGGAUUCCCCGUUUUGAGUCAUCUGUGUACAGAAUGGAUAGCCAGGAAGUGGGGGUUUUACUGGAGGAAUGUCUCCAGGCAGCUCAACAGUCCACCCAGCCCUCUGUGGCAGAGAGGCUGAACUACUAUAGCUGCAGAGACAUGCUUUGUGCAGAACUGGCCUCUCUCCUGCAGGAGGCUAUGGCCAUGAAGUGGCCCUUUGUGCCAGAGAAGUGGCAGUAUAAGCAGUCAGUCAGUGCCAGUGACAAGACCAACCUCAAUGACCUCAUCAGCAAGAAUCUAUCACAGCUCCUGGCUGUUCUAAAGGUGUCCAUCGUGGCUCAGGAGGCACGCACAGCACUGGCAGUUGUCUUCUUAGUUGACCGCUUUCUCUAUUGGACCGACGAGUCCAGCCGGCUCCUGAAGAUCACCAAGCUGCUCCACAGACGCCACCGGGACACCCCUGUGGCCCCCCAGCUGGUCAUAAGACAAGCCAGAGUCUACUUUAACUCAGGCAAACUACAGAAGGCAGAAUACAUACUGAGCAGUCUCAUUAACAGUAGCGGGGCCACAGGAUGUUGGGUGUACCACUCUGAAAGUGACAGGGCUCUUGUGCAGGCUGUUAGUGUUCAAGUGCGUGGAAUGAUUUUGCAAAAGCUAGGGCUGUGGCUGGAGGCUGCAGAGUUAAUCUGGGCUUCACUGGUUGGUUACUACGCACUUCCUCAACCUGAUAAAAAGGGCAUUGGAACCUCUCUUGGCAUACUGGCUAACAUAUUGGUGUCUAUGAAUGAUGAGGACUUCCACACUUUUAGGAAUAAUCCAGAUAUUGAUUUGUCUUUACUUGGGGACAGUGGUCAUCGUCUUCUUUCAGCAGCCCAGGCAGCAAAGAUGGCUGUGGUUUAUAGCCAGUACACUUCACUCUAUGUGUUGACCAAUGUGGCAACUCAAGGAACCUGCUUGUUGUCGUACAGUUUCUCAGUGGAGUGCCCUGUCUCUCACAGGCAGUCUUUCCUCCUGCACGCUAGAGAGGCAUUUACAAUCGGCCUGCUCACCAAAGCAGAGGGCGAGUUGGUCACCAGCAAGCAGGAGCUUCACACCUUCCUCAAGGCUGCCUAUUCCCUCACCGUCACUCACAAAUGGCUUGGCACUCCUCAGGAGGUUGUGGCACAGGCAACCCAAGCUUGCCAAAAAGCGUUAGCAGAUUUCUAUGAUUACGAUUCAGACAUGCAAGACAAAGACAGUCUCUGUGCUGAAAUCAUGAAUCUGGUCAGCCAAGUCAAGCUUCUGUUGCAAGUGGAGCCUUUCCUUAAUUCAGACAAGGGUUCUUUUAUCCCUGACAGCUACAGAAACAUCAAAGACACAUCAGUAAAUUUCACUUUGGAAGGUUUCGCUAAGGUUAUGCAGAGAUUCCAAAAGUAUCAUGCAUCACUGUGUGAGACAGGUAACAUAAACUGUAAGGGGACAAAAGACGAGAUAGAUGCAGCAAGGCUUUGUAUAACUGCACUGGGGACAACCAUUGGUACACUCAACACAGAAUGUAGCACUGAGGCCAGCAGAGUGUCAAAAGAUGCACUUAAUGGAGAGAAGCCACAACAGAGAGGUUCAACUUCACCUGCUUCACACCCACCUCAAGAAAAUAACCUAUGUACCACUCUAGGAAGCACAGAUAACCUUGGCUCUUCAUGGCAAAACUUCUCAUUGAGUAGUUCAGGGUCUCCUAGGCCCAGCAGCAGCGGCUACACGGGAAGUAUUGCCAUUGAACGUGAAGCACACGCAAGCAACCAGAGCUGUGUGACCACUGAGGUUGAUGAUGAUAGGUCAGACAGCAUGCUACAAUCCGCUACAAACAGGAAGCGAGACUUACAGGGUUGUACCUCUGGCGUCAGUUCCCAUAUAGUCCAGAGAUCCACAAUACCUGCCACUUCCUCCUCCAAUGCCAGUAGUGAUUCAGAGAAGUUUGAAGUGAUACAAGCUGGAAUAGAGACACUGGGCAGUGGGGAGGAUUGGAUGCCUGAUAUAGGUGUGCCACUGAAACCAUCAGUAGCUGAGGGAGCAGCACAAUCCUUAUCCCAACUAAAUUUUAGAACAUCCUCCAGCUCCCUCAGUGACAGUUUCAGUUCCCAGUCAUCAUGGGAAAAAAUCUCAGCUGACCUGAACUCCCCCACAAACAGAAACCCUCUGCUAAAUAGCCUGUCAAAAGCAGGAACCAGCCAAAGCAACAAGUCUGAUGGGAGCUUCUUCCUCUUGGAAACACUUGGUUCGGAAACCAGUGACUCAGCUCAUGAUCCCACACACAAAAACCACACAUCUGGAUGGGAAAGUGGAGCCUCGUCCAUACCACGACCUUUGCAGAGCCUUAAUGUUGGCCCAAAGAUGCACACUGAAGCUGUCUCAGUGUUUUUAAAACCUGCUACCGAGAACUCCUUAGCAACCCCACACCCAAACCAUUCCCAGUUUGUCCCAGAACAGUGUGCUUCCACUGAAACCUCCACAAAGAGUUCAUUUGAAAUGCUGGAGGAGAACCUAAGUGGACACCAAGGUAGUAAAGUCACUUCUAUAGAAAAAGUAAAUGUCCCUCAAACGAAGAACCCCUUAUGCUACAGCUGCCUAAAGCACAGCCCUGUAGCUGGUGUUGUCCCUGAGAGACAGUUUUGGUUGUCACAGCAGGAUUACCAAGCUCUAUUGGCUGGAGUUUGCCAUGAAUGUCUGUUGAAGAGAUUACACAGUGACAAGACGCAAUUCAAACUCAAGAAGCACAGAACUGCGUACAGUGCUCUUCAUUUAAAGUUCUCCAAAGCCACAGGACUGUGGACAGCCAAGGAGACCUGCGUUUACAUUGGGGAGCCGAUGGGAAUGCAGGGCAAGCAGAGAACUGCAAUAUGGGUACAGUUUUUACACCAGGAGGAGAGGUUAAGCAGUUAUGUGGGGAAAGAUUACCUGAAGCCAAAGGAAAUCCAGUUUCACUUGAAAGAUGUGGAGAGACAGAUGACAGCCCAAUACUACGUGACUAAAUUCAAUAAGAGCCUUUACGACAAGGAGGUGAUGGCUCAGAUCUUCUUCAUUCCCUCGGAAGCACUGUUGAUUUUGAAUGGGAAUGAGAUUGUGGGCUGUGUGACAGUGGAGCCCUACAUGCUCGGAGACUUCGUCAAACUGACCAACAACACUGGAAAGAAGGACAAGAGUUUACAGGCUACAGAAUAUGGUCUUGCCUUUGGACACUUUACUUACCUGUUCUCUGACUGCCAGGAAGUUGUUGUUGACCUACAAGGGUGGGUGACAGCCAAUGGCAAAGGGCUGACCUACCUCACUGACCCCCAGAUUCACUCCACCAAAACCCCCAGAGGCCCCUCCAACUUUGCUGCCAGAGGCCUCAGGUACUUUCUGGAGGAGCAACAUGGACCAGAGUGCAACAGCAUUUGCCAGCUGCUCCAUCUACCUCCAGUGGUCGGACAGACACAUGCUCUGCCUCAGAAACUUUGAGUAAAUGCCGAUGUUGAGUGUUUGUAUUUGAAAUUAAGUGAAAAGUGUAUAUAUUUUUCUAAAUCGUAUUUCAUUUGAGUUUCCUGCUCCAAUAUAUAAUAAAAUAUUGGUGUGUCAUUUUGUUUUGAAAUAAUGUAUUUGAGAUGUAUCACUCUCUAUUCACGAGUGACUGGAUUGCAGUCUGACUGGAUUGGCAGUGCAGGAAUCACCUGACACUGUGACAAAUAAGGUUUAGGUGAAAGUUUUCAAUGAAAAUUUUCCAUCAUCAUCAUGUGAUCUCAGCGUUUCAUAGUCCAUUAACAUCCUUGUGUUAAAUAUUAUAAGUUUUUUAGAAAAUAAACUGUGUUUAACAAAUGUUUAUGUAAACAUGAUGGGGUUGUGACUGAUUCCUUGCAAGUCCGUACAACAAAGUAGAUUUGCUUCAAUUUCUAAGAAUCAAAGGUUAUGUUUAGGUUAUGUAUAUUUACUCAACUAUCAUGGUGCAGCCAGUUAGCUGACUGUUGAUAACAAAGUAUUGUUCUGCUCUUUUUACAAUGAAACCUAUCACAAUCAAAUGACCAUAUUAUCACAGUCAGUGUUUGACAUACUGAUGAAAGAGCAAUAAGGUCCCCUUGUCAUACAUACAAACUACAUGAAAUGAGACCAAAGUAGAGGAGAGGUUAUAUUUGUGCUUCUGCUUUGUGAUCAGUGAGUCAUAACAAAAAAAAUACCAAAGCACACUGCUUUGCAAAAAUUAAAAAGCCUUUGAUUAAUGGGCUUAACGCCUAUGAAGAUCUGGACUAUGUUUCAUGUCUGUAAAUGUAUUUGCUGUGAUUGUUCGUUUGGCAUAUCUGAUGCUAUUUGUUG